CCCGCAUUAUGUACUUAUUUCACUUUGCGAUAGGGUUUCCCCCAGGUCAUGAUACUUGACAUCGACAAUUUCAGGUAGACACCAUUCUCCGAGCAAUGUAUAUUUUGACACAGCAUGCAAAUUCGCAUUAGCAGGGUCUCAAUGAGUGUGACGCAGAGGGCAAAUUUCCUUACAGGAACCGUUAGUGGUUGUAUCUAACCCCGCGACUUUGCAACACGUCUAGUUUCCAGAUUCUACCAUUGCGAAAAUCCCGACGAUCCAUCAGCUUUUUUAUCAUUCUAAACGGAAACUAGAACGCAGACACCAACAUGUCGGAAAACUAUGGAGCUUUCCAGACGGAAAUUUACGGUAAGGGAUUUUUAAUGAACGUCAAGCCGACGGUGACGACCGACCCCCGUCUCUUGGAAGAACACGCGAAAAAAGCCUUGGGGUCGCGAUCAUUUAACUAUGUCGCUGGAGGAGCCGGAGAGAAAGCGACUAUGGACAGCAAUCGCUUGGCCUUUCGCCAAUGGAAACUGAUCCCAAGGAUGAUGAAGCCGAUGGACGGCCAGGAUAUUUCCGUCGAAUUAUUUGGCCAAAAGUAUCCCACGCCGCUACUCAUGGCCCCAGUCGGGGUUCAAUCGCUCUUCCACGAGGACAAGGAAACUGGUGUCGCAGAAAUCUGUGGCGAGUUGGAUGUCCCGUAUAUCUUGAGUACUGCUAGUAGUUCCUCAAUUGAGGAAGUGGCUGCCGCAAACGGCGCCGGGAAGAGGUGGUAUCAGCUAUAUUGGCCAUUAGAUGAUGCAGUGACAGUUUCUCUGCUCAAAAGGGCCAAAGAAAAUGGUUACAGUGUCCUCGUCGUAACAUUAGAUACAUGGUCUCUCGCUUGGCGUCCAGCGGAUCUUGAUAAUGCCUACAUCCCUUUCAUUAGAGGGGUAGGAAAUCAGAUAGGGUUUAGUGACCCUGUCUUCCGUGCCAAAUUCAAGGCAGAGUCUGGGUGCGAAGUAGAGGAGGAUGUCCAAGGCGCUUCAAGGGCGUGGAUCUCAGAUGUGUUCUCUGGGAAGCCUCAUACCUGGGAUCAGAUCUCCUUUCUGCGGAAGAACUGGGAUGGCCCGAUCGUACUCAAGGGAAUCCAGCAUGUGCAUGACGCCAAACUGGCCCUCGAAGCAGGUUGCGAUGGUAUAAUUGUUUCUAACCACGGAGGUCGCCAAGUCGAUGGGGCAAUUGGUUCUCUUGAAGUUUUACCAGAAAUCGUAGAUGCUGUUGGAGACAAAAUGACUGUCCUCUUUGAUUCGGGCAUCAGAACCGGUGUUGAUGUGAUCAAAGCCCUUUCACUUGGGGCAAAAGCAGUGCUCGUGAGCCGACCCGUCAUCUACGGACUGGCAAUUGACGGCAAGAAUGGAGCGAGGUCCGUCUUACAAGGACUGUUGGCGGACCUUUAUCAGAGUAUGGGGCUUUCCGGAAUCAGAACUGUCGCGGAGUGCACAAGGGAUGUGAUGAGGAGGGUGCAAUAUGGGGGUGAUAUGAAAGCAAUGAUGUGAUCGCCGUUAGAGAUCGCAUGUAUUCGUGGCAUUUCUGGAAUGCGAUCAGCCCGCUGGCCAUCCAAUAUCGGUUACCUUCCAAUUUGGAGAGAACCAAAACGACUUUUUUGUCCGUACCAACACUGUAUAUACUUCAAAGUUUGAAACAUU